GGGCAAAAUGGGCAAGGUUUUUGUCGAUGGGCCAAAAGAUUUUUGGUCCAAAAAGAACACAAAAAAAUGAAAUGAGAUUCUUUUAAUUUUUGAAUUAGAUUCUAAUUCAAAAAAAUAAACAAACAAUUCUGUCUAUAGGCACUCUUACAUAUAUGUCUAAGAGUUAUACAAAAAAAACCCGCAUGGGUAUAUCUGCUAAGUAAAAUUUCAAUGGGCAAAAACUUACUAAUAAAAAUUACAAUGGGCAAAUCUCCAAAUGAAAUGGGCAAUUGCCCGUUUGCCCUCCCCCUGGAUACGCCGCUGUGUCUGAUAUAGUUGAAGUCAUUUUUCUCGGACCAACUUUUCGAGAGGAAUCGAUUGGCAGUCUCAGAAUUUUAUGCAAAUGUGUCCUGUGCGAGAAAACCAUGUAUUUUCGUUUUGGAUAUUGUCUAACUCGUUGUAACGCAUUAAUACCUAUCGUGUUACACCGAGUUCCAUUCUCUUACCUUAUUGCAAUGAGGUAGAAAAGAAUAAUGCAUUAUAAUCUAUUAGAUAUUAACUCGUUACAAUACGAUAUGCAUUAUCUAAUGAGUUAUAACGCUAUAAAAGAUUUUUCCAAUUUAUGGCAUUAUAAUUAGAUAAAACAUCUAAGGUAUUAUAACGCAUUAACCCUUUACACCGGGCGGUCCCUUCCAAGGGACAUUGAUGUAAUAGAUUUAUACAAAGAACGGAUCAUCAGGCCAUAAGCUAGAUUAUUACUAAUGUAGAACAAUAGAGUAGCCUAACUUUUGACUGAAAUAAGAAAAAAACAUUUCCAUUUUAAUCCGAUAUUUUUGAAUUUUAAAAUUGAAUGAAGUUCAAAAAUGAAUUUUUUGGUUUUAGAUAUUUUCUAUACUUGUGGCCACUAAAUCAUUUUCUAAUUUUGUAGUUGGUAGUUUUGGUUGUAUGGAUGUAGUUUAUAAUGAAAUCAAAGCAGACAUUUUUGUAGCAGUCUUCUUUGCGUAAAAGCGCUGUGGAUUCACUGUCCCUUGGAAGGGACAUUCGGGUGUAACGACAUGAAAAGUGAAUUUUUUUAUCUUAACAUCUUGUUAGCAUGGGUCAUUCUGUGGUCACUCGCUACAUAUCUGAAGAUGGGCGAUUGAAGAAAAAAAGAUGUAACCAACAGUACAGUGCCGUCGCCGACAAAUGUGAAGGCGUUUUUCUCUGAUCGAUAUAAAAAUUUCAUCUAACUGCGUUUUAAAUACUGAAUAAAAUUGGGAAGCGUCUAAACUAUCUUCGGUUUUUUAAAAAACAAGAUACGUCGGAACACACUUUUCUUCCUUGAGAUAAAAAGAAGCUCGUUUAGAAGCGCCCUUGGGGCCAUCUUGAUUCGAAAAACGCGUUCGGGCACGACGUUUUUGGAAAAAUUAAAGAAAAAUGCGUUUGUUUCUAUCAAAAAUUUUUCCAGUGAGUAAAGAAUUGAAAAGAAACUCAUAGUAACACACUAGGGUAAAAAAGGAAGUUCGGAAUAAUAAUGAAAAAAAUACAAAAUCCAUGUCGUUACACCCGAAUGCCCCUUCCAAGAGACAUCGUGUAUCCACGCGGCAAAGCAACACCACUUAAGUCCAGAUAUAACAUGAAUGUAGCAAAGAACUGUAAGAUUCAAUGCAAUAGCUAUUUCAACAGCAGCUAUAAUAAAAGUGUCUUCGGGUGUAAAGGGUUAAUUUCUAACGCAUUAUAUUGAAGUAGAAAGUUCAGACGCAUUAUAAUACAUUAGAAUCUAACGUAUUAUAAGGCGGCAAAUCUAAUUGCGUUGUAACGAGAUAAAAAUUGAAAUGCAUUAUAACACUAUAAAUUUAUAGAGUUGUAAUGCAAUGAAAAUUUUUAUCCACUUACAACGCCAUAAAUUCCUGAAAAAUAACUUUGCAACGCGUUAUAACACGACGGGCUACGUCUAUUGCAUUGUAAUGAGAUAAAUCUAUAGCGUUGUAAUACCAUAAUUUUAAAAAAAGCAUAUUUUAUAGCGUUCUAACGCUAUAAAUAGAGAAAAAAAGAUCCUACGUAAAUAUUUUUCUCAAUUAACUGAUAUCAUGAUCCUAUCUCAAAAGUAUUAUAUAUACUAUUAUAACGAGAUAUUUAACGUUUGUACGCUCAGUUUAAUAUUUUUUUAUCUCUAAAUGAUGUCUUUUUUUUUCAGCCAUGGAUAUUUGGUUUACAAGCUAUUUGUUUCUAUCUACCAAAAUUAUUCUGGCAAUUUUCACUACAUCAUAGUGAUUAUAAUGUUAGUGGCAUCUUGAAGUCAACAAAUAAACUCUAUUCAUUACCGGAUUUUGCUAAAAAAAAAAUUCCAGCAAAAUUACGUGAUGAUCAAUUAAGUUAUUUACAUUCACAUCUUUUUUCAAAAAAUUUUAUACCAGUAACAACAAGAACAACAACAACAACAAAUAAAAAACAUUUUUUUCGUCAACGUCAUUCUUGUUAUUUUUUAAUAUUUUAUCUCAUAACAAAAUGUUUAUAUUUAGCUAAUUUGGGUGUACAAGUGUUUAUUAUUCAUUUAAUUAUUGGAUCAAGAAAUUCUGUCUAUUCAGAUAUUAAAUCAAAACAUUUUUUAUCAGAAUUUAAUCAAAAAAUUAAAUCAGGUAUAUCAGAAUUAAUUGACACUAGUUCAUUUCCAAAACGAACACUAUGCGAUUUUACAUUUCGUGAAUUAGCGUCAAAUCACUAUUAUACGGUCGAAUGUAUAUUACCCUUAAACAUACUUGUUGAGAAAAUUUAUGUAUUUUUGUAUGUAUGGUUUAUACUAUUAAUUUUCAUUACAUUAAUGGAUAUUGUUAAAUGGUUAUUUCGUAUUAUACGUUUCAUUCGUGAAUCAUUUCGACUGAGAUAUAUUGAACAUCAUUUAAUUAAUCGUCAUGAUCCAAAUCAAAUCCAAACAUUUGUUCGACAACAUCUCAAUUGGGACACAUAUUUUCUUUUUAAGUUAUUGUCGAAAAAUGUUUCGACAUAUGCUGUUGUCGAUAUAUUAGGAUAUUAUUUUGAAACACAAAAAAAUAGAAAGACAAAAGAAAAUUGA